AUGUUUUGGUUUCUUGCUGCUCUUCCAAAUAUAAACCCUAAAACCCCAUUUGAACUCUUUCUCUGUACAAGAACGUUGCAACCACCAUUAGCAAUAAUACUAGAUGGAGAAAAGGAGGAGACUACGCCAACCCUCCCGGAUGAUAUCAUCGGACACAUCCUUCUGAUGUUACCAGUAAAAUCUAUAAUGCGAUUCAGGUGCGUAUGCAAAAACUGGCGCUAUAAGUUAUUCAGAGACCCUAGUUUUGUUAAUAUGCAUCUCAAAAAUAGCAUCCAAAGUGGAGAUUUUGAUUGUGUUUCAGUAAAAAAUCACCAAGAUUUUAAUAUGCUUAAUAGAAAAUCAUCCCAACGGGUUAAGUAUCCAAAUAUGUGGAUUGACACACAUGGUUCUUGUAAUGGUUUGAUUUUGAUGAGAGGUCGUCUGAGAAACCGAUGGGAUAUGCAGGAUAUUAAUCUUUGCCUUUGGAACCCAACUACGAAAGAGUUCAAGGAUAUAGAAUUUGAUUCAGAAGUCAAGUACGGACCGGCAUACUCUCAAGAUUUAACGGUAACACUAACCAAAGUCACGUAUGGACUUGGUUAUAAUUGCGAUACAGAUGAUUACAAGAUUGUUAAAGUUAGUGCUGUCUAUGGCUUUGAUAGCAGCAGGACUUAUAAUCGACGUCCUUGUUAUGGUUCUGAAGUUCAAGUCUAUGCAUUAGGAUCGGAUUCAUGGAAAACAUUACCGAACAUCGUUCCCUAUGAUAUAGUAUAUUCUUGCACUCGUGCAUUUGUUAACGGGGUUCUUUACUGGAUUGCAACUCCAUGCCCUUGUCUCAUUAUCCAAAAAUGUAACUUAAUUCUUUCUUUCGAUAUCAAAAGCGAGAAUUUCAGGGAAGUUCCACUUACUCCACAAGUCGAUGAACUGUUUGGUUUUAACUAUCCUCGGAGGAGAAUGACAUUAAGUGUUUUAGGAGGGUGCCUUUGUGUAGUUUUUCUUGGCUGUGAUGAUAGUGAAGUAUGGGUUAUGAAGGAUCACAAAGUGAGAGAGUCUUGGACUAACUUGUUCGUUGCUCAAAUCUCAGUCGAAGACCCAAUAGCAUGCUGUAUGACAUUACAAUGCAAACUCAAGGGUGGUGAAGUUUUAUUCACGGUCAAAUUUGGUGAUGCAGCUACUUAUUUUGUUGCAUAUGACCCAGUGCACCACAAAUCUGAACUUUCCAAGAUCUGUCGCAUCUCAGGAAACAAUUGCAGUAUCUCAGAAAACAAAUGCAGUAUAGAAACUUUUGUGGAGAGUCUAGUGUAA